AAAAUUUUUAUCUGACUCAGAAAAUUCAAUUAAAAUAAAAAGUUAACAUUUUUGGUAACAGUUUUUUACCUUAAGUUUUUCUAUUUGAAAUCUGUACUAAGGACAUGUGAAAAAUUAAAGAAAAACUCAAAUAUAAAGAGAAAGAUUUAAAAGCUACUUUGCUUAAAACAAAAUCAUUAAAUUAAAACUAUUAAACGGAAAAUAUUUUCUAUUUAAGUGGAAACGAAUUGUUAAAAAAAUUACAUUGCAUUUCUUUAUCAAAAUCAGAUUCCUAUUGUUUAUUACGCAGGAAAAUAUGAAAGCUAUCAUAAUUUUAAGUCGUUGAUUUUGUUUUGGAAGUUCAUAAGAAUUAUCAAACACUUGCUUUUGAUUUAAAGAAAUGCUUAAGCCUAUCAAAACUUUCUUUAACUAUUUACAGAAGAAUGCAAACACGUCAAAUAUUUUCAGGUUUUCAAAUGAUAUGAAUAUGUCGGAUGAAAUAAACUCUUCACCUAAUGAAGGUGACAAUACUGCCUUUGAAGAUCCAUUGACUGACCCGCUUGCAAUUGAUGAUGAAUAUGGAGUAAAUAGUGAUGAGAACAUUUUGCAUAUUGAUAACACUAGAGUAGAUGAUUUUGUAUUUGUUGAUAUAGAAAAACUUAAAAACAAUUCAAACAGUGUUGUCAAAAGGGAGUCUAUAGGAAUAAAACUCAAAAGUUCAAAACAUAUAGAACUUAGUGACAUAAAUGGAAAUAAAAAGCAAAUAAUCGAUGACUUAAAAGUGAAUAGUCUAAAAAGUGAUAAAAAAGAAGAAUCAGAUAUAAUAGAGGUUUCUCAAAAAUUAGAAUCUAGUGAUAGAAGUGAAUUGAGAAGUAGAAAAAAUGUAUCAAUAAAUAAAGUUAUUGAUGAUUGCGAUUCUCUUACAAAUGAGAAAGUCAAAUCAAGUUCCAUAAAGGACAAUGAUAUAAAUAAAAAUAUUGACAAUAUUUCAUUUGUGAUAAGUGCUACAUCGAGUGUUUCAGAUGAAACUGAAGAAACAAUAGAUACAUCUGAAGUACGAAGUGAUGGUUCAGAUUCUGGUCUUGGUUUAGAUAUUUUACGUAAUAUUUCAAUGAUUGAAAAAUCUUUAGCUGUAUUAACACCUUCUAAAAGUAGCUUAAAAAGACGAUCAUCUGAAUUACUGCAUGAUGAACAGUCAAAAAAACAAAAACAAGGGAUUAAUUUCGGUAAUGUUACCGUUUAUUAUUUUCCUAGAUGUCAGGGCUUCGGAUGUGUUCCAACUCAAGGAGGAAGUACUUUAGGAAUGACUGCAAAGCAUUCAUAUAAAAAAACAUUUUCAUUGAGCGAACAUACUUUAGAGCAAAGAAGAUUAAAUCGACUAAAAAUAGCUGGGAGUGAAUUUAAUCAUUGUAGUUCUUCUAGUGACGAGUCAAAAAGUGACGAUGAAAUAAGUGAAAAUAGCUUAUCAGAAGCUGACAGUGAAGCAUAUGGAUUUUUACAACCUAUCACAGCCCGCCAACGAAGAGCAUUGUUAAAAAAUGCAGGAGUUAGAAAAAUUGAUACCACUGAAAAAGAUGAAUGUAGACAACUUCGAUCAUCUCGUGAGAUUUGUGGAUGUAGCUGCCGAGGAUUUUGUGAUCCAGAUACUUGUGAAUGCAGUUUAGCGGGAAUAAAAUGUCAAGUUGAUCGCUUAAAACCACAUGAGUUUCCUUGUGGUUGUACGCGAGACGGUUGUGCAAACGUAAAUGGAAGAGUCGAAUUUAAUCCUUCUAGAGUAAAAACACAUUUCAUUCAUACAAUCAUGAGACUGGAACUGGAAAAACGACAAGAGCUUUCAGAAGACUCCAAAACAAACAUCAUUCCAUCGCUUCCACCAGCAAAAUGGUGGAUGCGUCUUCAAUCGACACAACCAAAUAGUAAUACAAGCACUAACUACAAUAGCUACGUUUACAAUAACGGAAUAUCCUCAAAUCAAUAUUCUGGAAAAAUUCCAUCUUUAUCAAUGAUGUCUGCAUCAAUGGCAAAUCAAGAAUCAAUUGAUUUACAUUUUGCUUAUCGUGAUGAGUACAUAAAUAAUUCAACGCUUAAUACAGAUACCAAUAAUAGUUCCUUUAACAGCAACUCUAACGAUUAUUUUUCUGGUUAUAAUUAUUUGAGUACUACAGGAUCAAUAUCACCUAAUAAUGCUGUGCAUUGUGGAUUCUCUUCAAAUAGUUAUUCUUACAACCAACAUUAUACAGAUCUGCAUAGGCAGAAUAAUAUGACACAAUUGAAUUUUUCAACAGACUGUCAAUAUUCAAAUUUUCCAGCAAAUAAUGGAUCAUCAUUAAGCUAUAAGGCAAAUUCUGCAAGUGAAACUAAUGAAAUAACUUCAAUAAACUAUGUAGCAAAUAACUUUUCAUCGCCAAUACAAAAUGGUGCCGCAACCAGCAGAGUCAGUUAUCAAAAUAUAACUUCAUCACAAUCACAAGAAAUUUCAAAUAAUUCGGAAAAUUUUUGUUCUAGUACUCAAAAUGUUAAUAGGGCCAGUUGCAUUGGAUUAGAACCAACAACUUCGAAAAUUGAUCAAAAUGAUUCUAAUGAAAAACUUACCGAAAUUAUUAACAAAUCAAUUGUAGAAUCAGUAACAGCAUAAUUAUUAUAAAUAAUAAAAUUCUUUGCCAUAUACUUUCAUAUUCACUACACGUUUAAUGUUAUUAUAUAUUAAAUUUGAUUUUUUUUUAAUUCAGUGUUUUUAAUUUUUCAAUAAAAUUUAUCAAAUCAUUUUA